CAUGUCACCUGCUGCUGCCGCGUGACGUCACGAGGUUACAGGAAGCUGCUGCUGCUCUCCGUGCUUACUGAAAUCCGAGCCCAAGCCCGCUUGAGCUGCUAUACCGCUCUCGUUUUCAGAAGCGACCUGCCAACAACAACAAGGAUUGACGACGGGAGGAGAAGGGCACGGUGGGUUCACGGCUCCACAAGCGGCAGCAGCAGCAGCACCAACAGCAGCAGCAGCAACAGCAGCUGCAAGCAGCAGCGAGAACUUGCCGGCCACAUGUCGCUGCGAUGUGUCGCGUUGCUGUUGCUCGUCUCCGUCUCCUUCCAAGGCGUCGAAGCGGCGAUCUCCGUGGCGGUGACCCCGCUGGUGGAGGUGGAGCUGGGAAGUCCGCUGGUGAUCCCCUGCACGGUCACCAGCUCCGUGGGCGAGGAGGUGGUCACCCAGUGGUUCAUCAUUUCACAAUCUUCGCGAACGAGGAUCUCGUACCGCGACGCGCGACUCUUCGUGGCGGACUUGGGCACCGGCUACGAGAGUCGCAUCGACGCUCGCCGCAGCGACUCCGCGCUGGCGCUGAACGCGACGGAGACCGCUGACGAGCGCGACUUCGUCUGCCAGGUGGUGGCGGGGCGCGCCAGCGUGGCCGAAGCCACUGCAAGCGUGCGGGUGUUUUCGGCCCCCACGGUGGCCGUGACGGCGAGCCAGAGGCCCGUGCUGCUCAAGCCCCAGCACCACCACAAGAUCGGUGAAUGUUACGUGCGCAACGCUUACCCAGAGCCCCUCGUCACGUGGUACAAGGAUUCCCUGCCCCUGUGGCCAUCACCUGACGUGAAAGUGACGGGGACGGUGGCGACGGAGUCCGACGGCACCUUCGCCGUGACGUCCGCCCUGAGCUACCAGCUGCAGAGGUGGGACGUGGGAGCCGGGUACCGCUGCGUGGUCAACUACACCGUGCCGGGCGGCAGGAGCGAGGCCGUUGCCUCGGAGACGAUCUACGUGACGGUGCAUUAUCCACCCAGGAGGGUGGCCCUCAUCCUGGAGUCUCCACGCGCGGCCGUGAUGGAGGGCGACACGGUCGUGCUGAGGUGCCGUGCUGAUGGAUUCCCCCCUCCCGAGGUCGACUUCUACAUGAGCUCCCCGACGCGGGUGGACUACGGCCACGCGACUGCGGGGGACGCGCUCACCCUGCCCGCCGUCACCCGCGGCCACAGCGGCACCUACGGCUGCCGCGUCCGUAGCGGCAACGGGGUCCAUGGCCGUCUCAGCGGCAGCGUCGACCUCCUGGUGCACUACGCGCACCACCACGGGGAGCCCAGCUCCACCGUCGCGGCGACGACGCGGCUCCCGGCGGGCGCCGUCGUGCAGGCCGCGUCGUCACCGUCACCAUCGUCACCGCCACCGCCACCGUCACCCUCCGUGUCCACGGGCCUGGGGAGGUCGCGGCCCGUCAAGGUCGCUGCGGAAGGAGGAGCGGAGAAAGCAGAGUUGUCAGCACGUGGGCUGCCGUGGUUCGCCAUCAUCGUCCUCCCCCUCUUCGUCGUCCUCUCUAUUUGGGCGAUUCUCUACGCUUGCUCCAAAGAGUCGCAAGAGGAGAGAUUUGGAGCAGGAGGAGGAGAGGCGGCUUUGUCGCGAGCGUGGACGCUGACCGUGCGCUGCUGCUGCUGCUGCUGUCCAGAGCCCCGCGCAGCGCAGCCGCUGACCGAGUUGUACGGCCGGUGACGAGGUGGCGGUGGUGCCGACGGCCUGUCGCGGUGACGAGGUGGCGGUGGUGGGGACGGCCUGUCGGGGCCUCAACCACCAUCGUCAACGUCAUCAUCACCAUCACCACCAUCACCAUCAUCACCACCACCGUCAUCAACAUCACAACCAUCGUCAUCACCAUCAUCAUCACCACCACCAUCACCACCAUCGUCAUCACCACCACCAUCAUCACCACCACCAUCAUCACCACCACCGUCAUCAACAUCACAACCAUCAUCACCACCACCAUCAUCAUCACCACCACCACCAUCACCACCAUCAUCACCAACACCAUCACCACCACCAUCAUCAUCACCACCACCGUCAUCAACAUCACAACCAUCGUCAUCACCAUCAUCAUCAUCACCAUCAUCACCACCAUCAUCAUCACCACCACCACCACCAUCGUCACCACCAUCAUCAUCACCACCACCGUCAUCACCAUCACCACCAUCAUCACCACCAUCAUCACCAUGUGUCUUUUGUGUUUGAGCUCAGAUCGAACACGGAUCGAGCCUUGACAUUCAAUUGAAUUCACCUGUCCUUGUGUCUGUCCCUGUGUCUGUCCCUGUGUCUGUCCCUGUGUCUGUCCCUGUGUCUGUCCCUGUGUCUGUCUCUGUCCCUGUGUCUGUCUCUGUCCCUGUGUCUGUCUCUGUCCCUGUGUCUGUCCCUGUGUCUGUGUGUUCGAGCACGGAUCGAGCUCGGAUUGAACUGCGCCAUGUUUAUUAUACUGCUGUUUUAUUUGUGCCAACACAUAUGAACUUUCACGUGUUUAUUAUACUGCUCUUUUAUUUGUGUUAACACGUAUGAACUGUCACGUGUUUAUUAUACUGCUGUUUUAUUUGUGCCAACACAUAUGAACUUUCACGUGUUUAUUAUACUGCUCUUUUAUUUGUGUCAACACGUAUGAAUUGUCACGUGUUUAUUAUACUGCUGUCUUGUUUGUGUCAACACGUGUGACCUGUCACGUGUUUAUUAUACUGCUGUCUUGUUUGUGUCAACACGUGUGACCUGUCACGUGUUUAUUAUACUGCUGUCUUGUUUGUGUGAACACGUGUGACCUGUCACGUGUUUAUUAUACUGCUGUCUUGUUUGUGUCAACACGUGUGACCUGUCACGUGUUUAUUAUACUGCUGUCUUGUUUGUGUGAACACGUGUGACCUGUCACGUGUUUAUUAUACUGCUGUCUUGUUUGUGUGAACACGUGUGAACUGUCACGUGUUUAUUAUACUGCUGUCUUGUUUGUGUGAACACGUGUGACCUGUCACGUGUUUAUUAUACUGCUGUCUUGUUUGUGUGAACACGUGUGGCCUGUCACGUGUUUAUUAUACUGCUGUCUUGUUUGUGUCAACACGUAUGAACUGUCACGUGUUUAUUUACCGGCGUCUUAUUUGUUGGAGCUCGGAUCGAGCUGCGGCGUUUUGAAUAAAACAUUU